AUGGCGACCGAGAAGUCAGUCGAGCACUCCAACAUCGAGACGGUCGAUAGACCCGAUGCCGCCAAUCACGAUGGCAAGUCUGCUCUCAUGUCCGAUAAUUUCUUCGAGCAUGAGCAGACUGUCUUUCAAGUCAUCCGGAGUCAUCCUGUCUUGAUCUGGUGGGCGUUCUUCUUCAGUGUCAGUGCCAUUGGAUGGGGCUUUGAUGCCCAGGUCAACGGAGCGGUGCUCUCCAUCCCCUCCUUCCGACGUGACUUUGGUGAAACGUUCGAAGGUGGCUAUGUGGUCCCUGCUCCCUGGCUCAGUGCCUUCAACUCGAUUUCGUCCGUUGGUCAAUUCUUCGGCGGCUUCCUGUGCAGUAUCUUUGCCGACCGUUACGGCCGCAGACUUGCCCUGGCCGUUGGUGUUCUGAUCACUUGCGCGGGUAUCUUUGGUGAACUCUUUUCGUCCGCUAGGGCUGCAUUCCUGAUCAGCAAAUUGAUCCUGGGAGUUGGCUUGGGCUUCUACCUCACCAUUGGACCUCUGUACUCCUCUGAAGUCUCCCCUGUUGUGAUUCGUGGUAUCACCACCGCAGGUGUCAACUUGGGAAUUGUUAUCGGCCAGUUGCUGUCCAACGCAGCCAUCAAGGGAUUCGGUGAACGAAAUGAUCACUGGGCAUACCGGGGCCCAUUCGCCAUUCAACUCUUCUUUGUCGCCUUCCUCGCCAUUGGCCUUCCGUUCUCCGUUGAAUCGCCCUGGUACCUCGUCCGCCAUGAGAAGAUCGAUGCCGCCCGAACUGCCCUCCAGCGCCUCUAUGGUCGCAACACGAGCAUCGAGACCAAGCUUGUGGCCAUUCAGAUGACUGUGGCUCAAGAUCUGGCAGCCAAGGAGUCCAAGUGGUCCGAUCUUGUUCGUGGUCCCAACCGCCUUCGCACUGCCAUUUCCUGCGGUGUCUUUGUUUGCCAGCAUCUCGUCGGUAUCAUCUUCGUCCUCGGCUUUUCCACCUAUUUCUUCCAGCUCGCUGGUCUGCCCACCGAGAACUCCUUUGAUCUCGGUGUGGGAACUACUGCCUGUGGUGUUGUUGGAACAAUUAUCUCAUGGACCAUCGUCAACCGCCUCGGAAGACGGAUGAUCUUCAACUGGGGCAUGGCCAUUCUCAGCACCAUCAAUCUGCUCAUCGGUAUCCUGGACGUUGUCCCCACUAGCGGUGCUAGUUGGACUCAAGCAGCACUCACUGUCGUUUGGGCUUUCUUCUACCAAGUCAGCAUUGGUGCCGUUGCCUUCGUCCUUCUCGGUGAAGCCUCCUCGCCCUCUCUGCGUGCUAAGACCACCGCCAUGGCUACCGCCACCCAGGCCGUCUUCGGUAUUGUCAUGAACAUCGUCAUUCCGUACAUGGUGAACCCUGAUUCGGGCAACAUGAAGGGUAAGGUCGGAUUCGUAUUCGGCGGACUCGGUGCGAUCGCAACCGUCGCUUGCUUCCUGUACAUCCCCGAUUUGAAGGAUCGCACUUUCGAGGAGAUCGACGUCAUGUUUGCCAACCGUGUUCCCCCACGCAAGAUGGGAGAGUACGUUGUCGAGCACUAG